AUGUCUGCUGUACGCACUGACGAGCUACCGGCCUCCGGUACCACGACGACGACGCCCACGACUGCCUUUAUUAUUGACGACGACGGAUUCUGGGUUCCUUCUCCCGCAUAUGACACCAACACUCAGGCGGGACAAAAUAUCGAUUCCACACCACCCACACCACCACCGCCACCGCCUCCCGCACCUAUGCCCUUCAGCUCUCUAUGGCCCUUCAUACUACAGGAAACGCUAUGCAAGGGCUCACCACCAUUCACACUCGCUGAUCGCGAUGCCGCGUACCGGGAGUGGUACACAUCGCAGUCUGGGAAGAGGAAGGAGAUAUUGGACGAUGAGUUGGCUGUUGGGUAUGAGUUGUGUGCGGAAAGGUUCUGCGAUGGGAAGGCGCGGAAGAGGGCGCGGUAUGAGGCGUUUUGGGACGAGAAGGGACGGAGGCCUGCAGGACCGAGCCCGCUACGGAACGUGGUCCAUGCGGAAAAGCCGUCCCGUCGAACAUUACGUCGUGCACCAGCCUCCGGCGAGCACCACCAUCAACCCGUGGUGCACCCUCCUGCAUCGAGCCGCCCCAAGAUGAAUAGCUUGCGGCAGGUAGAUCGCACGGGGACGAAGCCGUCUGCUAUCUCGAUAUUUGAGGAGUUGCUUGCGGCACAACGGCCCCGGAACCAUCAUACUGCGUCGGAGAACAUAGAGAAUGUGUUGUCCUUAGCCGCAAGCAAGCGACAUGUUCGUAGUUUCGCUAUCGGCCACACCGCACCACUAGUGCCGGUGAAUGCCUUGCGAUGA